AUGCAAGAUACUUCGGAAGGACCAACCACUUCGUCAGCAAUGCAGUGCCCUACUUGUGGAAGAAUAUUUGCCUGUGAUGGUAGUCUUUCUAUGCACAUAGAAAAUAUGCACAGUGGAGCUCGGCCAUUCCCAUGUACCAGGUCCGAUUGCAAUAAGACAUUUCCCUCCGCCGAACACCUGAGGAAGCAUCUACGAAACACUCAUAACCCUUCAAGAUUGAAAUGUUCGCAUUGUGAACUAGUUUAUUCAACGAGCUCAGCACUUCGACGACACGAAAGGAUUCACUCAAAAUUGAGAAGGUACACAUGCUCUCGAUGCGGAGCUGGGUUCGACUUGAGUGAACCGUACAAAAUCCACCUUCGUCAACACGAUGGUCUACAACCUUACUCGUGUUCCGUUUGCGCGAAAAGGUUUACAUCAAGGGCAGUUUGCAGAAGGCAUCGUCUAAGUCAUAAUAAAGAUUCAUAA